AUGGCAGCACGAACUGGAGAAGUCCGCGCCGGCUUCGUUGUCACUUUGGAACAGGAGGCGAAGGAGGAUGGGCAGCCAACUGUCUUCAAAGCCACACAGAUCCCAUCCGUCAAUUCACUGCCUAUAGCUCCUCCUGUCAAUGCCCACGAUAUUCAUGAUAUUGAUUUCUCCUUCGGGCCAAUAAUCGGCUAUAUUAAUACCAGCACUUUGGAGGUAGGUGUCCGGGUUGAGGUAUUCGGUGCACAUAUCCUCAACCUUUACGGCAACCUCAAAGACGGCGUUGUUGGAAAGAUUAAUCUCUUCCUCGCGAAAGGAGAGAUACGACUCUAUUUAAAGAAUAGAAAUGAAGUCUGGCUUCAUUAUGAUGUUAGUGUGAAGUUUGAUGGUCAUUUCAAAGAUGACAUCAAACUUCUGACCAUCUAA